AUGGAUUCUCCCACUUUCACUCAGAACAUCAACCUUCGCCUCACUGUCGCUCAGCCAGUGGAACAGAUGCCUACGCUUCCCACUGACAAGGCUGGCAUGCAGCUUUACGACUGUCCUCACCGCACCAUGUGCACCUGCCAGUGGUGCGGCGGAUGUCGACGCACAAUUGUGCACUGGGACUCCAACCGGUGCAAGGAGUGCCACCACGGCUGCCCCGAGUGA